AUGCUACCGCCCGUCGACGAAGCAGUCCUCCAGAGCAACCCCGACUUCGAGCGUCUCUACAAGACCGUCACCACCUCUCUCCUCAACCCCGACGGAUCCUCGAAGAGCAAUGACCCGGCAGCGAAGCGACGCGAUGCCAUACGCGAUGAACUCAGGACGCAUCGCCUCCGAGUAACCAAGGAGCACCUCCUGCGCCGCGCAAUAACCGCCGCGGCAAAAGCAACAUCGAAUCGUGAAGCGAGAGAGCAGCACCAACAGUCACAACCACAACCACAACCUAACCGACGAACCAGAUCCUCACGCCCUCAAUCCCUCACCACAAUAACCACAACCACAACCACCCCACCCCCCGAAAUCCUCGACCUCCUCCUCCUCCUCCCCCCCUUCCUAACCACCGCCCCCACCCUCCCCCCCACCUCCCUCUCCCUCCUCCUCUCGCGCCCCCCCUUCUCCGACCUCCCCACCUUAUUCCCCGCCCUCGCCGCCACCCUAUCCAGCACCCUAACCCGACAAGCCAGCACCCUCGCGCGCGUCCUGAGCCCCAACACCAACCCGUCCUUCAUCCACCGCGCCAUCCCCACCAUGGCCUCCACCACCUCCUCCCUGCAGUCGGCCCUGCAGUCCUCGUCCCUCGCGCUGUCCGCCUCCCGCCGCCGCGCGACCCACGACCUCGUCGUCCACCUGACCCAGCACACGCGCGCCCUGUCGCACCUCCUGCGCGUGCUGGAGGCGAAACACGGGCCCGCCGCCCGCUCCGCCGAGCUCCGCGCCGCCGACGCCGCCCUCGCUGCCCGCGCCUGGGCUCUCGCUACCGAGGCCCUGCUGUGGGACUCCCGCCAGGCCGUCUACCCGCCAGAGGCGAGACGCGCACUCGCCAACUACCGCCGACACUUGGCAGACGCCCGGAUGCGGCUGGGUGAUGCUAUUAGGGUGCGAGAGGCGGAGCUGGAGGAAUACGGGGUCGCUGUCGUUGAGGGGGGGCGGGGCGACGAGGGUAAGGAGCGGACCAUGCGUGAGAUGGCGAGGGUGUGGAGGGAGAUGGAGACGAGGCUUGAGGAGGUCAGGGGUGAUCUGAAUCGUUUAGGUUAG